AUGCCCUCAAAUAGCAUCGAUUCCAAUGCUCCCAUACUGGCCAAGACGACCCGGCUGGGUCUGGAAGAAGAAUCGACAAACGCGACAAACUCUGUGAGCGCUAAGGCAACAGCAACAACUAAAGUGACAUCAACACAGCAUGCUGAAAGUGAUCAGCUGGCUGGCGAUGCGAAGACUUCAGAGUUGGUGUUGACCGGUCUGGGCGCAUUGGGUCGACCAGCGAAGAGCAACUGGACCGCUGAGCAGCGUCUGGCCAUGGAAAGCAGCCAGCGUGAAACGGGUUAUAACGCUUGGCUCUCGGAGCGCAUAUCGCCGGAGCGUAAGCUCUUCGAUAUGCGGCAUCGCAGCUGCAAAAAGCUCAAGUACCCAGUGGAAAAGCUGCCAGCAAUCAGUGUCAUCAUCACCCAUCACAACGAACAGGCGAGUGUGCUGCUUAGAACGCUGAGCAGUCUGCGAACUAGAACUUCAUCAAGAUUACUGCGAGAGAUCAUUUUGGUCGACGAUGGCAGCGACCAUGAAUUUAUUGUGGAUGAACGGUUCGAGGGACUGGUGCAGCAGCAGCGUCUACCAAAGCAGCUGGGAUUGAUGCAGGCACGGCUGGCGGGUGCUGCAAAGGCUCAGGCUAAGGUGCUCGUCUUUCUCGAUGCACAUAUAGAGGUUACUCGGGGCUGGCUGGAGCCCCUGCUGGCUCCCAUGCUGGAGAGCAACAAGACCUGCACAACGCCCUUAGUGGAUACCAUUGACUAUGACACGUUUGCCUAUAGGCGUGGCAAGCCAUCGCGUGGCUUCUUUGACUGGGACUUUAACUAUGUCCAGCUGCCAUUAAUGAAGCAGGAGGAACUGGCGCUGCCUGCGCCGCAUGAAAAUCCCAUCAUGAAUGGCGGUCUAUUUGCCAUAUAUCGCACUUGGUUCUUUGAGCUGGGUGGCUAUGAUGAGGGGCUGCGUAUUUGGGGCGGCGAACAGUUCGAGCUGAGCCUCAAGAUUUGGCUGUGCGGUGGCCGACUGCUCGAGGUGCCCUGUUCCAGAGUGGGUCAUUUGUACAGGAAUAGCAACUUCCAUCCGCAGUACAAGAAAUCCGAGAGCGGCAGCAGGGCAAUUGCUAGGAACUACAGGCGGGUGGCUGAGGUGUGGUUGGACGAGUACAAGGACAAGCUGUAUGCGAAUAUGCCGCACUUGACGCAUGUUAAGGUGGGUUCAUUAAAGAAACAAAAGGAACUGCGCCAGCGUCUGCAGUGCAAGCCCUUCAAAUGGUUUCUGGAUCACCUGGGCAGGGACUUCUUAGAGCAGUAUCCCAUAGAUGAACCUCUGGACUAUGCAUUUGGCGCCGUGCAGAGCUUAGCGGCACCUGCGCUAUGCUUGGAGAGAGCUACGUCUGCAAAGCAUCCGCAACUGCUGCCAUGUGAUGGGGAUCUAAUGUACCCCAAGUUGGAGCAAAAGUGGUCUUUGAGUCAUUUUCGUGAUCUGCACUCGAACAACCAUUGCCUGGAACUGCAGCAGCAGCAACAUCCAAGCGCAGAGAUUUGGCUUUGGCAAUGUCAUCAUCAUGCCGGCAAUCAGUUUUGGUCAUAUGACAUAAAUACCAACCAGAUCAUCCACGGCCAGAGCAGAGCUAACCGACUUUGCCUUGAGGCUCUACCGGAGGAACGAAAAGUGAUCGCCAAUACCUGUGAUACCAAGAGCCAAAGGCAGCACUGGAAGUUUGGAUAUGCCAAUGAGAAACUUCUGGGCGACUUUUGGAAGAAUGUGGCUCAGUAG